CCCCCGCGCGCGGCCCUUUAAGCGCUGGGGCUCUGGUGGUCCCUGGUCUUGGCGCUGUCGCGGGUGGCGUCACCUCGGCGGCGCGGGACGGGGCCUCUGAGCGGCGCUAGCUGGGUGUCUGGGUCCUGGUCCCCUGGGCGUAGUGAAGGCUCGGCGGGUCUGGACAAGGCUCCAAGGAAAGUUGGGAUGUGAAGAUUCUCUCCUACCCGGUCCUGCUGCAGUCUUGAAGCCUCACAGGAACAGAAGCAGGAAAUUGCUGUUGCCUGUUGUUAUAAGCUCUGGCCUCAGUGAACUCUGCUUCUUCUGAGAAAUACAUUUCAAGGAAGACUGUUGAAUUUCUAAACCAUGGCCCGUGUGUCAGUGAUGUUCAGUGACGUAUCCAUAGCCUUCUCUCGGGAAGAGUGGGAGUGCCUGGACCUGUCGCAGAGGGAUUUGUACAAAGAUGUGAUGAUGGAGAACUACCACAAUGUGGCCUCACUGGUAGGCUACUUCAUUUCCAAACCAGAUGUGAUUUCCUUGCUGGAGCAAGGGAAGGAGCCCUGGAAGGUUGUGAGGAGGAGAAGACGAAGCCCAGAUUUGGAAACUAAGGAUGAGACCAAUCAGUUAUCCUCAGAAAACGGCAUUUAUGAAAUGAAUUUGUCCCAAUGGAAGAUAAUGGAAAGAAUUGAGAACAGUAGCCUGAAGGGCCUUAUUUUAAAAAGUGAAUGGGAGUCCAAAAGAAAACAUGAAAGCCAGGAGGGAUAUCUCAGACAAGUGAAGAUCACAUCUGAAAGAAUGUCCUCUUCCCAAAAGCGUACAUCUGCUACUCCACGCCAGAGAGUCCAUUUUGUGGAGAAACCCCAUGAAUGUAAUGAAUGUGGGAAGGCGUUUAGAGUGCGCCAACAGCUUACUUUUCAUCAUAGAAUUCAUACUGGCGAGAAACCCUAUGAAUGUAAGGAGUGUGGGAUGGCUUUUAGGCAGACUGCACACCUUAGCAGACAUCAGAGACUUCAUUCUGGUGAGAAACUGUAUGAAUGUAAGGAGUGUGGGGAAGCAUUCAUAUACGGCCCAGACCUUAGAGCACAUCAGAAAAUCCAUCCUGGUGAGAAGCCCUACGCAUGCAAAGAAUGUGGGAAAGCCUUCAGGGUACGGGGACAACUUACUCUCCACCAGAGGAUCCAUACUGGUGAGAAGCCCUAUGUGUGUAAAGAAUGUGGGAAGGCCUUCAGGCAGUAUGCACACCUUACUCGACAUCAGAAACUUAAUGUCGCUGACAGACUCUAUGAGUGUAAGGAGUGUGGGAAAGACUUUUUGUGUGGCUCUGGCCUUAGAGUACACCACAAACUCCACACUGGCGAGAAGCCCUAUGUGUGUAAGGACUGUGGGAAGGCCUUCAGAGUUCGACAACAACUAACACUGCACCAGAGGAUCCACACUGGCGAGAAGCCCUACGAGUGUAAGGACUGUGGGAAGACCUUCAGUCGGGGCUACCAUCUUAUUCUCCAUCACAGAAUACAUACCGGUGAAAAGCCUUAUGAAUGCAAGGAAUGCUGGAAGGCGUUCAGUCGAUACUCACAGCUGAUUUCACAUCAGAGUGUUCAUAUUGGCGUUAAACCCUAUGACUGUAAAGAAUGUGGGAAGGCCUUCAGACUCCUCUCACAGCUGACUCAGCACCAGAGUAUCCAUGCUGGCGAGAAGCCCUACACAUGUCAGGAGUGUGGGAAGUCUUUUAGGUUGCGUCAGAAACUUACUCUACACCAGAGCAUUCACACUGGUGAAAAGCCCUUUGAGUGUAAGGAAUGUAGGAAGGUCUUUCGACUUAAUUCGUCUCUUAUCCAACAUCUGAGAAUUCAUUCUGGUGAGAAACCCUAUGAGUGUAAAGAAUGUAAGAAGGCCUUUAGACAGCACUCACACCUCACCCAUCAUCUGAAGAUUCAUAGUGUCAAAAAAUUCUAUGAAUGUAAAGAGUGUAGGAAGACUUUUAUCCGCCGCUCAACACUUAGUCAACACUUGAGAAUCCACACUGGUGAGAAACCUUAUAAAUGCAAGGAAUGUGGGCAACCCUUCAGACAGCGUGCACACCUUAUCCGACACCACAAACUCCACACUGGUGAGAAGCCCUAUGAGUGUAAGGACUGUGGGAAGGCCUUCACAGUGCUCCAAGAACUCACUCAGCAUCAGCGACUCCACACUGGGGAGAAGCCGUAUGGAUGCAAGGAGUGUGGGAAGGCCUUCCGGGUCCAUCAGCAGCUGGCUCGACACCAGAGGAUCCACACUGGCGAGAAGCCCUAUGAGUGCAAGGACUGUGGGAAGACCUUCAGACAGUGUACACACCUCACCCGACACCAAAGACUUCACACUUCGGAGAAGCUCUACGAAUGUAAGGAGUGUGGGAAAGCCUUUGUGUGUGGUCCUGACCUUCGAGUACAUCAGAAAAUCCACUUUGGGGAGAAGCCCUAUGAAUGUAAGGACUGUGGCAAGUCCUUCAGAAUAUGCCAACAGCUGACUGUCCACCAGAGUAUCCACACUGGGGAGAAACCCUUUGAAUGUAAGGACUGUGGGAAGGCCUUCAGAUUGAGGCAACAGCUUGUUCGUCAUCAGAGAAUCCAUACCCGUGAGAAGCCCUAUGAAUGUCUAGAGUGUUGGAAGACCUUCAGUAGUUACUCCCAACUGAUUUCACAUCAGAGCAUUCAUGUGGGUGAGAGACCCUAUGAGUGUGAAGAAUGCGGGAAAGCCUUCAGACUGUACUCACAGCUCACUCAGCACCAGAGCAUCCACACGGGUGAGAAGCCUUAUGAAUGCAAAGAGUGUAGGAAACCUUUCCGACUGCUCUCACAGCUCACUCAGCACCAGAGCAUCCACACGGGUGAGAAGCCUUAUGAAUGCAAGGACUGUGGGAAGCCUUUUAGACUUUAUUCAUUUCUUUCUCAGCACCAGAGGAUCCACACUGGAGAGAAGCCCUACAAAUGUAAGGAGUGUAAGAAGGCCUUCAGACAGCACUCACACCUCACCCAGCAUCAGAAGACCCACAGUGGAACUUAACAAAACCUCAGUUCUAUGUCAUGGUGCAAAAUGUCAGGAAAUCCAUUUUUGAGAAUAAUUUAUUUCAUGCUUAUAUAAGUAAGCGUAAGAAAUACUGAGUUGCUUUGAAAGUCCUCCAUUCUCACUUAAAUGUUACCUAUCUUCAGCAAACUCCCAUGAAAGAACAAUUUGAUGAAUGUAGGAAGAUCUUUAGCCUUUUCAGUUAUCAUCUCCAUCUAACUACUCUCUUCCCAUUGUGACACUGGACAGGACACUAAGUAUUAAUGGCGUUUGUUCACUGUCAAAAUGGUGAUAAUAGUACUUAUACAUGUUAUUUAUUGGUAUGUAACUAAUUACUAGAAAAAUAGUAGUUUAAAUAAUAUACACUUAUUAUCUAAAAAUGUCUAUAGAUUGAGAGUCCAGGUAAGCCUCAGUUGGGUCUUCGAGGUUUCAGCUAAGGCUUAACUAGAGAAAGACCCACAUUGAAGGGAACAAGUUAGAUACCUGCAACACCUGAAUUCUUUGAAAGCUGAUACAUUGAAGUUCCUGGCCACGACAAUGACAAUCCCAGUGUGACUGCUGGUUUUGUUUUUGUUUUAGACAGGGUUUCUCUGUGUAGCCCUGGCU